AAGUUGUACACCCAGCCCAGCGUGAACCUCUGCUGGCUCCUGCCUCUCCAAGCAGCGGAGGAGUGGGUCUGGCAUGGGCUGGGCUCAGGUUUUGAGGACGAGGAGCGGGUUUGUGACCAUCAACCUGCCUCAGCCCUUCACGUGACCUCGAGUAAUGCCAUGGGAAUUUCACCCCGCUGUGAGGUUCCUACCAUCUGCUCUGCUUCGCCGGGAUGAGGAGCGCUUCUCUCUUUUCCUUCUUGAUUUUUAUACUUCAAACUUCCUUGAAAAUGGAGGAAAUGAAACCACAGGGCUUUUUUUUUUGUGAGUGACGUGGGAGAAAUCAGGCUCCUUCCGGAGAAGGAAUUAAAUUUAGGGUGAAUGCAGAAAAAGAAUGAUUUGUGUUGGCUGCGGGAGUUUGGGGGCCACAUACUCUUGCAGGUGGGAGUGACCUGGGCUGUGACAUCUCUUGGGGUGCCGCAAUCACACGGUUCAUCUCCCGGCUGCUGGCACCUGGAGGUUGCAGGAGCUGGUCCUGCAGCCCAGGGUCCUGUUGCAGGGUUGAAACCUUUCUCCAGCGUUUUGAACCCUUUCUCAGCUGGGUAAAUCCAGGCAAACUCUUUUCCCCCUCAGCAGCUGGAUUUGCUGGGGAUUUUGGGGUUCAUGAGGGUUCUGCGAGAGGGGAGACAUGGAGCAGGGAGAUGGGACCUCCCUGUUCAUAUUGCCUUGGAAAUGUGGGGUUUUGUCUCUCUGUGCCUCGGCAAUUGUGGGAAAAGCCAUUUAUGCCGGUUUUCACAUCGGGAUCGGCGCUUGGGAGGUCCCUGUGUCCGGAUGGGUCCUGCUGGUCCUGCUGAAAUCCCGAGCAGCCCCGGGAGACCCAAAGGUCUGCGGGUGGUGGGAUCUGAGCAUCCCAAAUGUCACCUGGACAACACGAGGGGCUGGGCCCCACAUCCCACAGCGGGGGCUCAACAUCUGGGGACGUGUUCAAUCUCAUCUUGGGAUGCAGCAGGAAAUGACAGCUACUUCUUCUUCCCCUGUGGGAAACACAGCCCUCAGCUCCUGCCAAAUCAUAGACUCAUGGAAUGGUUUGGGUUGAAGGGACCUUCAAAGCUCAUGCAGUCCAACCCCUGCCAUGAGCAGGGACAUCUUCAAGCCCCUGCGCUGGGCGCUGGAGGCAAGCGGGGGACUAGAGGGACAUGACAGGAGCAGGUGCCAUGCAGGGGACACUGCCCAAUGGUGGCUUUUCUCCAGCACCAGCAUAGUGGGGGGCAGGUGAGGACACCCCGGCUGUCCAAAACCCUCACAGGGGUUUUGCUGCUGGAGCAGUGCAGAGGAGCAACGGUGCCAGCAUUGUCCCCGCUGCUGGCUCGUCCCCAGGAGCUGUGUGACCCUUGGGGGGAACAGGUUUCCCCCCCAGUUCCUCCUUGUUUGCAGUGCAUGACCCUCUAGCGAGCGCUGAGCCCGGGGAGCGAAGCGCCCGGCCGCACCGCUGCCUCCAUGUGACUGCAGUUUCCGUUGCCUCCUUCCGCAAAGGCUAAAUCGGUGCUGGGCGCCAGCGCGGGUGGGACACGAACCCCGCGGGUCGCACCUGCCCGUGUCCCACCAGCCGCCGGGCGCAGCCGCCGGGUCCCCCCGCUGCAGGAUGAGUGGCGGUGAACCCUGUGUGCCACUGCACGCGCACUGGCAGUUAUGAAAACGCUGCUUGCCGAGCCCUCGCCGAACCAUCUCUGCUCAUUUGCCUGAGGUUCAGCUUUUCCCCAGAUGCAAAUGCCGUCAGCUCCGCUUCCACCAAGAGUGCCGCCACUGAGAUGGAGGCCCCGCUCUCUGCUCUCCCCCUGCUUCUGGUUCUCCUGGCAGCAGGAUGGAGAAGCGGGGCGGUCGGAGCCUGGGCAACAUCUCCCGGCGGUUGCCAGCUUGUGCAGAGCACCAUGGACUGCACUGGGAGAUGGCUGAGCUCCGUCCCAGGAAACCUUGGAGGUGACACCGAGGAGCUGUUACUUGAUGACAACACUAUCCGUGUCCUGGGCAAUGCCUCUCUGCUCUCCUACCGCCAGCUGCAGCGUCUCAGCCUGACCAAGAACCGGCUGGAGCUCAUUGAGCCUGGUGCCUUCCUCCUCAGCCAAGGCCUCCGCGUGCUCUCCUUGGCCGACAACCUCCUCUCCAUCAACUACUCGCUGACAGCAGCUGCUCUUUCUGCUCUGCCAGCCUUGAGGACGCUGGAUCUAGCUGGAAACCGCCUCACUGAGGACAUGGUAUCAGUUUUAGUCUGGAACUUGUCUUCUUUGGAGUCCUUAUCUGUGGCCAGGAACAUCAUCAUGAGGCUGGACUCGUCCAUCUUCAUGAACCUGACACAGCUGUUGGAUCUGAACCUGGAGAAGAACUACAUCUUUGAGAUUGACCAAGCUUUUGAAGGGCUGCAGAGGCUGCAGAGGCUCAACAUAGCAUACAACUGCCUCCCGUGUGUCGUGGAGUUUGGCCUGACCCAGCUCAGGGUGCUCAACGUCAGCAACAACAUCAUCGAGUGGUUUCUGUCCCUGGAAAGCGAUGACCUCUUUGAGCUGGAGGUGUUGGACCUGUCGCACAACCGCCUCCUCUUCUUCCCCGUGCUGCCGCGGCAGAGCAAGCUGCGCUCCUUGCUGCUGAAGGACAACGAGAUGAGCUUCUACCAGCGCCUCCCCAACGGCACGUCCCUGGCGAACGUCACGGUGCAGUUCCAGCUCAUCGACGGCAACUCCACCAGCAUCAUGACGGUCAAUCUGUGGGAUGAGAUCUGCCACAGCAACCUCUCCUCCCUGCGCCUCCUGGACAUGAGCCAGAACCAGGUCUGGUACCUGCCCGAGGGCUUCCUGGCACAGAUGCCCUCCCUGACCCACCUGAAGCUCAACCAGAACUGCCUGGAGAUGUUUGACCUGUCGGAGGGUGACCCCUUGGCCAUGCUGACGGAGCUGGACCUCAGCCAGAACCGGCUGGAGGAGCUGGGGGCAGACGUGGGUACUGGGGGCGUUCUGCCCAACCUGCAGCUCUUCAACCUCAGCACCAACAGCCUGCGGGCGCUUCCUCCUGGGCUUUUCACCUACACCAGGAAGAUCGCUACCAUAGACCUCAGCCACAACCGGGUUGACCUCUGUCCCCAGCCCGCCAUUGCAGGCGAGGCGGAGAGUCCCCCCUGCGUGGACAUCAGGGGUGUGGAGACCUUGGCCCAUCUCUCCUUGGCUGGCUGUGGUCUGAGGGGACUGGGCGGCCGCCCCUUCCAGGGGACAUCGCUGAGGCAUUUGGACCUUUCCAACAACCACCAGUUGCUGUCCGGGGACCUGGGCUGGCUGCAGGACCUCGCUGUGACGCUGCACGUGUUGUCUCUGAGGAACACCAGCCUCUCCUCCGCCGACGUGGACUUCUCCGCCUUUAACAGCCUGGUGCGCUUGGACCUGUCGGGGAACUCCCUGAGCGUCUUCCCCCCGUCGCUGGGCGUCCUGCGGCUGCGCAGCCUGGACCUGCGGGACAACAGCCUCCCGGCUCUGCCGCCGGCCGUGGCGCGGACGCUGCUGGGGACGAGCCUGCGGGAGCUCUACCUGAGCAGGAACCCCUACAACUGCUGCACGCUGGGCUGGUGGGACGCGCUGCAGCGGGCGGAGGGGCUGCGUGUCCCCGACGGGCGGGAGGUGACGUGCAGCUUCGCGUCCCGCACGCUGAGCCCGCGGGCGCUGCCUGAGCCCGUCAUGCGCAGCUGCCGCUGGCAGACGGCCGACCUGGCGCUCCUCUACCUGGUGCUGGCGCUGCCCACCUGCCUCACCGCCCUGGUGGCCUUCGCCGUCGUUUUCCUCACAUUCAAGCAAAAGCUGCUAAAAAUGGUGAAAAGCCGGUGCGGGGUGUCCAGCCCUUACUGAUGGCUGGAAGGAGGGGGACGGGCUUGGGACGGUGACUGUGAGUGGGUUGUCAGGGUGACUCCGAGGUGGGUGAGAUGGAGACGCAAUGGGUGGAGGACCAGGGGAUGCUGGGGAGCUGCUGUUUCUCCACAGGUUCCCUAAAGGGUGUGUGGCCGUGGCCGGUGAUGGACCCUGGAGCCAUGCCGAGCGUCCUCAAGGGACACAUCUUCGGCAGAAACCAUUAGCUGAUGUUGGCGAGAGCCAAGUGGAUGUGACACCAAACCUCUCUUAGCCAAAGGGGCACAGACAGUUGCCCUCUGACUCUGUUCCCCCCGCUCAGGCAGUUCCUUUUAUUUAUUCACCCCCAUAGCCAAGUCUGCUGUGAAACACCCUGCAGCCGUGCAGCAGCCUCCAGGAAUCGCCCCGGCUGGAGCAAACAUCCCCCGGGGCUGCAGGAAGGAGGCAAACUGCAGCAGCCCUGGGCGGUCACCCUGUGCGAGUGCUGAUAAGACAGGCGUGUCUUUACAGCAGGGCUGAAAAACACACUGCGGGCUGUCAUUGCUUGGUUAAGUUGCGAUCUUGGCUAGAAGAGCCCAUGAAAAAUCGUCCAAGCUGCAACGAUGUAAAACAUCAACUAAAAGACAGGAGAAUAAAUUAUAUCAGUAGUGAUAUUUUA